AUGUCCAUCAGUUCAUCGUUUAGUAUUGAUAGUAUACUGGCAAGACCAACGUAUAGAUAUCUAGCUCCGUAUCAACUUCCUAUCGCCUGUCCAACAUGUCCAAGCCAAGCAAGUUACUUCAAUCACUUGAGUAAGUAUAGAGUUUCGAUAUAUUGGAGUGUCAUUAAAUAAACUGACUUUAUAUAAGUUCCUUAUUGAUCCAGUGUUACUACAGGAGGAAACCUAAACUAAACUAACUUUGUUUAUACUGGAUAACUCUGUCAGUUCUAAACUGUUCUUCCUAGAGAUCCAGUAAGGAUCAUCUCUUGUUGAUCCAGUGUUACUACAGGAGGGAACCUGCACUAAACUAACACUAUUUAUAUACUCGAUAACUCUAUCAGUUCUAAACUGUUCUUCUUUAAAGUAUAGUGUGGCAAGAGUCAUUCAAUGCAUAUUGGUCCAGUGUUACUACAAGAGGAAACCUAAACUAAACUAACUUUGUUUAUACUGGACAACUCUGUCCGUUCUAAACUAUUCUUCCUAGAGUUCCAGUUGAAAUCAUGUCUUAUUGCGCCAGUGUUACUGUAUUGGAGAGAACUAACCUAACUUGUACCGGAUACCUCUAUCACUUCAAAACUGUUUUCUCCAUAACUUCAGUAAAGGCCAUAAUUUAUUGAUCCAGUGUUACUACAUGAGGAAACCUAGACUAACAUAGCUUGAUUAAUACUAUACAGCUCGGUCAGUCUUGCUUUUUCUUCCUUCCUUUAAUCUCUGUGGGUCCAGGAACCGUUGGCGCUGACAACAGCAUGCAUGCUGUUUUUACUGACUUCGGUUUUAAGUCCAUUUUACGCAGUCUGCUAUACUGCAAGGACACCUUAUGUUGUUGAUCCACUUAAUAUGUGUCUAAAAUCCUCUUCAUCUUUUUGUCUUGUACUUCGUUUUUGUUCAACUUUUUCAGAAAGGCUUGACUUAUUCUUCUUCCUAAAAAAUGUGAAAGCCCAAUGACAUUUCAGACUAAACCUCAUCUUUUUCCAGUAGAAUAAGCAAAACCACUGAUUUAUCGUAACAUUGGUCUAAUAGGAGAGAUUGCCCUUGGUGGACCUCUAGUGAGAACAGUUUAGAACUGAGAAAUCUAUUCAGUACAAAUAUAGUUAGUUCAUGUAGUAUUUCAGAAAAAACAAGUCCUAACAAUUCUCAAGGUUUUGAGUAUCUACUUCAAUAGAACCGAAUGUGGAUGGGUUUUUAGUGGAUGAAAUUUCGAAGAAAAACUCCCAGUUAGGUCUAAAGGCCAGUUUACACUUUCCUUUCGCACAUUUCUAGUGCGAUUUUCGUCUUCCGAUGGACGUGAAGGAGUGGAUGAGUUAUAAAUGCUCAGAUGAAGGAACAUGUACUCAAGAAGAGAUUAUUUCGCUGGCCUCAGAGUGACAAAACGUAACAAAGCAACGGUUACUAACACUAACCCUAUUCCAAACACCAACUCUAACCCUAUAAUCUAACUCUACUCCAAGUUUGUUUUUAAACCAAUCUUGAAGAAAAACGUUUUGACGAAAUGUCAUUCUGAGGUCAGCGAAAUGACGUCUUCUGAUGUACUCAGAACAUUCAUAUAACUCGUCUACUUCUUAUCCAUCAGAAGGAGAAGAUUGCGCUAGAAAUCGCAGAAAAAAUGCAAGUGUGAACGGCCCUUAGAUUGUACAAACAUUUUCUUUCGAAAAUUCCAUUUACCGUAUUCUCAUCAUAUUUGUCAUGACAUUACACGUUUUACUUUCUGUUAAACUUCGUGUUAAAAGCAAACUUUAAAUCAAAUCCUAAUCACUCUUUUCCAGUGACAUUGCCAACACCGUACGGCCCUGACUUUUUCCGUUUUCAACCAAAACGAAAACGUCGCCACCGCACGAUCUUCACUGAAGAACAGCUGGAACUGUUGGAAAAGACGUUUCAAAAAACACACUACCCCGAUGUUCUUUUAAGAGAAGAUCUGGCGAUCAAGGCUGGACUAAAAGAAGAACGUGUCGAGGUAUGUAUGUGAAGCAAUAGUUUAGAAACAAGUGUAGGAAUUGAGAGUGUGGAAGAACGAGUAAAACAGACGUGAUUUCAGAAGAGCUCUUUCGAAGUUGAAUCCUAACUGUUGAAUGAUUUCAAAACACUUUUUCCUUGCUUUAAAGGCUGGUACCAUUACACUAUCAAAGUUUCUGUGAUCAUAGUAGGAAUUUUGCAUCGGUAAGUUCUAAGUUUUGAAGGAUUUGUAAGACGUGUUUGAGUGAACUGACUCAGUGUUUAAGAUUCAGUCCGUUUCCUCAAACAUUUCUUACAAAUCCUUCAAAACUUAGAAUUUACCUGUGCAAAAUUCCUACUGUGAUCACAGAAACUUUGAUAGUGUGAACUAGCCUUUAGACUUUUAUUAUCUCAGUUAGCCUGCAGGGUCGACCGAAUUCUUCUUUUACUUUGAUGUCUGUAUACACUGUAAAAUCAACUUGGUUAAAACAACCAUUAUGAAUCCGAGAUCAUCAAUGGGUUAUUUUAACCACCUUUUUUCUGAAGUGUUUCUUUGCACAAUUUUCUGCCAAAUUUUGUUCCUGUAAGUCUCAUGAUGUUUUCUUACCAUAUAUCCUUUCUUUGUCAUCCUCGUUUGCUCAUAAUCAUUCUGGACAUGAUGUCUAUGAGCGAUGUUCCAUCAUCUUUCCAUCAUCUGCUGUCUAUAUAUAGGUAUCUAAACCAUAUCAAUCAACUUUCAAGUUUUUCCUAUCAGCUUCAUCAUAAUAUCAUCGUUUCUUUUCCUGUCUCUCAAAGUUAUCUCUCGGCAAGUAUUUAAAAAUUUACUAUAUAUAACUACUUUUACUAUUUCUCUUAAAAAACUGCCCAAAAUUAGCUAUACUGUUCAAACCUACCAAUAUUUUUUCCAAUUGUACCAAAAGGUUGUACCAAAAGGUAAAACUGACCUCUAAGCGAAAAAGAACGAUGGCAAUAUUCAACAGUUUACCGAAAGAAGUUCGCUUCGAAAAACAAAGUAAAAUGAAGAACUAUAUUGAAAUCAUGUCUCUUAUAGCCGGACGGAAAAAGAAUGAACUAUCCGUGGCGGACUUUUUUUCUUUAAAGGAUAUUCUGCAUGUCAACAUCUUAAACUCAUGUUGCAGGAUACUAUAGACUUAAAUUUCUUCUGGAUAAAAUCUCUCGCUUUGGACUUGAGUUUACUUUGACAUUCUGGGUUAGCAUGCAUACUGCAUGAGCACGUUUCUCUCCAUUAAGUUCAAAGUUAAGUAUGGUAAGGUCAAGUAUAUCAUAUAUUCUUGAAUUUUGAUAGUAGGUGAAAUGGUUUUAGAAGCUAUAUAACUAUAAUGACCAUCUCUAAGCAUGAAUAAAGACUUCACGCAAUGGUUCCGUAAAAUGACUAUCUAUAUGGUCGUUCUACAUGAGUGAUUAAUUAAAUUUAGCGAUUAUCUAUCAUGGCACGUGCCAACUGAUAUACAGGAUAACAAACUGGCACACAGUAUAAAGAUUGAUCUAUAAUCUAUAUUUGUAUCCUAUCUGACCAAGUACAGUGUUAAAUUCAGCUGUAGCUUGUUGGGGUGUAUUAGGAAUGUGUUGAUCUAUAAGGUUCAAUUUACGAGAGUCCAGGGUUAACCUCCAGAAAUCUGUAAUUUUAUAUCUUAAUUCAUUAACUCUGAAGAUAUCUUGAGUAGAAGACGAAAUGCUAGUCCCUUAAUAAGUCUUUUUAGAAAUUUCAUUGUGCUAGGCGCUCUUUUAUGUCCAUUGAUAUUCAUCAUAACGAUCUAGUAAAUUUGACUGAGAGAAUGGAUCUGAUUUCAUUUAAGCUAGGUGCUAUUAGCUCAUUCAGUUACGAAGGCUGGUAUAAGGAGUGAAUAGUUUAGAACUUAUAGAGCUAUCAAGUAUGGAUAAUGUUAGUUUAAAAUGUUGUUUUGUUUUCAUUGCAUAUAGCUGUCUGAAAUUUAAACGCUUGCCUGUGUUUGUUCCUGAUGAUAUCCUCGCCACUUCCCGUGUUGUCGCAAUAAGCGAAAUCCUGCAUAAGCCUAUUACAAACAUUAACACUAAGUUAAAAAAUCUCCCAAGCUUUGAAAAGAGCACCGGCUUCACGUUGGUCUGAUUUCGCGAAAAGGUGUGAAUUGAACCCACUUUAGAAGAAUUUCGCAUCAUUCCCCAAAUAGCUUAUUGUAAUUUGCGUAAAAUACCUACUAAAUUCCGCUAAAUUCACUUUUAAGUGGUAUCAGUGUAUGAGUUUACGGCUCCUGUUUUGAAUAUCAGAUAAAUUAGCUUGCUUUAUGAUGUGAUAAUGAGUGUUUAUGCAACUAAUUCGUUCAUUAAUAUCAAAAACUUAAGUCAACCGGCCAAAUACAUCCGCGGUUAAGGGUCGACAAAUAUUAGGGUAUAAUGGUUUAGUUACGGAAAUUGAGAAUCAAAAUCGACUUAAAAUUUUCAUCGUAGUUAAUUGUUGCUUUUCCUCUUCCCACUUUAUCAUUCUAAACGUUUAAGUCAUUAGCGUAGUCCUAAUUUUUAACAAGGGGGGUCUUCAAGGGAGAGGCCUUCAUGGUAUCAACCGCCAUGAAAUCUCUAUUGUUGUGUCUCCAAAACACGAUUUCUUGCAUUUUAAGUGAUGUUAUAAUAAACUGUAUAGUUUUAUCAUAUGAGAGAGAAAAAUACAAUCACUAUACUGGGCUCAUUAGUCGCAAUGCCAUCUUCAAUAUAAAGCCUGGUUUCGUAACAGUCGUAAAGAUUGAGUCACGAUCUUUCUCAGCAGCCGAAAUACAACAUUUUAGAACUGAAAAUACGCGGAGUGAUUAUAACUUGAGAAUAUAUAUGUUUUACAGGUAUAAACUAUUAUAAACUGGCCUUUGAGACAGAUCGUGACUCUAUUUUACGACCAUUACGAAUGUACUUUAAUUGUACAAUAAUGCAAAUUUAAUUGGCAAAGAAUUGUUAUAAUCAUGGGCGUACCGGAAGGAAAAAAUUAGGGGGGCGGAAAGAAAAUUGCCCGACUUUUCGAGAUUCUGCCCGACUUUUCGGGAUUCUGCCCGACUAGGACAAAAAAAUUUUUCCGGAAAAAUUAUUUUGGCUACCCCCCCCCCGUCGCCAAAAAAAUUUCGGUCAGUGUACCAUUUUAGGGGUCAAAAAAAUUUUCCGGACAAACAAUUUUUCCGGAGCAUAACAUAAAUUUUCGAAAAAACCAAAAUUUGCCAAAAAAUUGAAUUAAUUUUAGACAAAAUUGACAGAAUUUGACCCAUUUUUUUUUAUUGCAAACCAAAAUUGCCCGACUGUUCAUCGAAUAUUGCCCGACUGCCCAAAAAACUGGGGGGGCUACCGCCCCCCCCCGCCCGGUACGCCUAUGGUUAUAAUAUACAGGAUAAUUUUCUCUCUUGAUAAACUUCUUAAGGGGGACACAGCCCCCACAAGAUGAAAUUGCAACCCCCAACCGCCGUCCUCCCAUGAGCCCCCCCCCCCCACUACACUUCUGGUUUAACUCGGUGUUCAUUCCCACAUCGAUUGAAAUGCACUAAAAUGCGUUGGGCUAUUCCAAUAUAUAAUAAAAUAAAUUAUAAUGGACCAUUUGCAUUAUAGACUAAAUUUUGAUCUAGACAAAAUUUCAUCACAGCUUGAAAGAGCAUCACAAAAUUAGUAAUAUUCCAAAGUUUCGUUGCAAAAUGUUGCAAAAUGUUGUAAAAUGCGAAUAAUAUAGCCAUGCGAAGUUUGCCGUUUUUCACUAGUCAUUUUGACAUUUUGUAUUACGGGGCAUCAAUUUCCCGUUUGUAAUACAAAAUGACUGAAAAUUGCAAAUUUCGCAAGCCUAUAUUAUCCGCAUUUUACAACAUUUCGCAACUUUGGAAUAUUACUAAUUUUGUGAUGCUCUUUCAAGCUGUGAUGAAAUUUUUGUCUAGAUCAAAAUUUAGUCUAUAAUGCCAUUUAAAUGGUCCAUUAAUAGCUGGCUUUCACUAAGCACUAUCGUGCAGCAGUCGGUGCUCAACUGUUAUCAGAGUGAGAACAUAAAAUUUAUACUCUGUAAUCUGUAUGUUAUAUUCUGAAUUUUAUCUUUCAUUGGUCUAGGUGUGGUUUAAGAAUCGUCGUGCAAAAUGGCGCAAACAGAAACGUGAAAGUAGACAAAGUGAAGAAGGAACUUCCUUAGCCAGCACCUUGUCAACUUCAGUAUCAGUAUCAUUUGAAGAUACAUCAUUACGACUACCAAAGAGCCUUUCCACGACGUCGAAACUAGCUGCGGCAAGCAAGGUUCUCAACCAGAAGUUGGAGUCUCCGCACGGUUUGUUUCCUGCAGAGCCUUCCUCAAAGACAGUUGUACUACAGAGGUCGUUGACGCCUUCCUAA